AUGUCUUUAACUCCAAGAAUUGGUCAGCUUUAUUUGAGUGGCAUUAAAAAGAGAGAAAGAAAUUCCAAUGAUGAUUUUAAACAACUGGAAAGAAGAAGAUGGGAAAAAGUUUUAAGUGUUACAAACAAAUUGAUUGAUAUUAAACCAACUAAUAUCGAGAAAUCUGAAAGCGCCCGCUCAACAGGGUCUUUAUUAAAGCCUGUUUCACACAUUUUCUCACCGGUUAAGCCAUCAAAGCUUAUCAAAGAUCCACGGAAACAAAAUAAAAGACAUAAUACUAUUCCUACUGAAGAUUUAACGCGUGCUGUUAACGAGCUUCUUGCCAACAAAAAGAGUGGUCAGGAUGCUGUUUGCUACAAUACAAUGGAAACAAUUCCAUUUCCGUAUCAAAUGGAUAUGCCAGAGGUUAGGUUAACAAGACCUGUUUCCACUACAAUUAAUUCCCUUGAAAAUCUCUUAUUAUAA